AUUCAUAAACAUUGCUGUAUGCUUCGCUGCCUGAUUGUGUUUGGUGAAUAUCGGUUUGAUUUUGUAAGACAGGUAAUGAUUUGACUCUGAGUUUGGGGUCUCCAAGUGUACGAGUUUAUCUAAUUCGGACUCGGGCAUUCAGUCUUCAGCCUGCAGAAACAGGAAAUGGUUAAAAGGUAUGGAGUGUUUUGAUGCGAGGAGAAUACCAUGUUGCAGUGCAUGGACGGAUUGAAGCAUAUAUGUGCUUCUGUGCUGCAAUGCUGUGAUAUUGAUUCAAACAAACAAUCAAGAGGUCUUGUUGAUCCCGAACUUCUUGCACGAGAGACAGUUUUUAGUGUGAGCGAAAUAGAAGCACUUUACGAGCUUUUCAAGAAGAUAAGCAGUGUUGUUAUAGAUGAUGGGCUGAUUAACAAGGAGAAGUUUCAAUUUGCGCUAUUCAAAACAAACAAAAAAGAGAGUUUGUUUGCUGAUCGGGUAUUUGACUUGUUUGAUACAAAGCAUAAUGGAAUUCUAGGUUUCGAAGAGUUCGCUCGUGCUCUCUCUGUCUUCCAUCCUAAUGCACCCGUUGAUGAUAAGAUUGAGUUCUCUUUUCAACUGUACUAUCUCAAGCAGCAGGGUUUUAUCGAGAGACAGGAGGUAAAGCAAAUGGUAGUUGCAACGCUUACUGAAUCUGGCAUGAACCUUUCUGAUGAUGUUAUAGAAAGUAUAAUUGACAAGACCUUUGAUGAAGCUGAUACAAAACACGAUGGGAGGAUUGACAAGGAAGAGUGGAGAAGCCUCGUUUUGCGACAUCCAUCCCUUCUAAAAAACAUGACCCUGCAGUAUCUUAAGGACAUCACCACAACAUUCCCAAGCUUUGUUUUCCACUCACAAGUUGAUGAUACCUGAAAUCAGCAAUUGGAUUCAAGCUUUGGUUCAUUGGUUUAAGAGCGAGUCUGUGAUGUUUUGGUUCAUUGGUUUAAAUUUCUUUUUCCUAGCACUAAACAAUGCUAUCAGAUUCCGAGUUUGUUACCGGAAAAUAGCAAUGCCGUAACAUAUGGCAAGACUAAAAAAAAUCCUCGUUCUGUUUGCAACAUAUUGAAUGAAUUCAACAAAUGAAGAAUUAGAACUGUGCUUGCAGAUGUGCGUUUGAUGCAGAACAUGCAACUAACACGGCUAACGCCAAGAAUACCGACACGUUUAUCAUCGCAAGCUCGAGAUAGAUCAGCUGAAGCUUUAGUUGGAUUAUUUUUACCUUAAUGUUGCAGCUGAGGUGAUACUUGUACAAGAAACAAUCAGUCUUUUAAGUUUUCACAAUUUGCAUUUCUUUAAUAUU